GUACUGGUGCUAUUACUCUAUUACUAUCCAUCCUAUUGCAGCAGAGAUCAUCAGACCUACAGCAGUUGUUCCAAUAGAAAAUGAAGUGUACAGGCAAGUCAGCAUGCAAGUUCUUUGGUCUGUUAAUAUUUGGGCUCACACUAAUAAUAGUCCUUGCUGGCACUCUUAUAAUAGCAAUCAAUCCAAAGUUUCAAAUCAACAAUACUCUGUACAUUGGAGAUAGCUUGAGAAACACUACAGGCGUACAUGAAGCUUCUUCUUCCAUAGGAAAUGUGAACAUGAACUUCAAUAUUAGAAUUGACAGUGUUUAUUUCAUGUCCAAAAAGCCAUCGACAACAACUGAGCAUCUUCCGGAAAUAGAAAUUGCUUCAAAAGAAAAUGGCUAUUAUCAAGAUUAUAAUUACCUUGGAAUAAACCAGCCCAUUUAUCUACUGGCUGGAUCAGUUAUAAAUUACAAAACUACACUUCAAAUUAAAGAACCUCACAAUUCAUUUGAUAACUUAGCUUGCGUAAUCCUUUUCAACAGUUUAGCAAAAUUUGAUGACUUUUUUAGAUAUGGUACACACUCAGGGUCUCAGAAGCAAUGCUUCACAAAUGAGAAUACAUCAUCAGUGUCAUGGUCAUUCAGUAUAGCAGAAGAGUCUCAGUAUUAUGUUGGCAUUUCCAUCAAAAGAGGUGUGACAGUAACUAGUAAUGUAUCAAUCGACCGUGCUUAUUACAAUCUAUCACAAACAGCAAGAAACAUCUGCACUAACUCACUAUCUUGUAAUAUAACAGUCUGCAGUGACAUACUACUUUGUGAAAAGUCAUACAUCAUCAUAAAGACCAAAGGUAUCACUGAAGUGGCUCUAUUGGAAUAUGAUAUAUCAUUGAGACGAUGGACAAUAAGAGCAAGUAUUGUACUGCUUCCUUUGUGCAGUCUAGCAUUGAUAAUCAUUGUAACCAGUUAUAUUAGAUGCUACAAGUGGCAUCAAGAUACAAAUAGAAGAGCUGAUGAUGAUAAUUCAAGUGUUGUAAGCUCUUCAUUGAGUGAAAUGGAAACACCUUUUGAUGAUGACGAUGAUCGCAUUGAAUUGAUUCCUGGUUCAGAUCAAAGACCACCCAACAGAAAUGAGGAUGAAAGAAAUGAAGAAAUUGACAGUUUUCAGCACAAUAGCACUUCAUCAAUGCCAAUUCCACUGAGUGAAGAGCUAUUACAAAGUGCCAAAGAUACAUUUGAUGAAUUAACAAAGCUACAAGUAGGUAGUAAUCGAACAGAAUAUCACAGUAGUCAGUAUGGAGUGACCCUCAAUAUUCCAGAGGGAGCAGUACAAGGAUCAGCUACUGUUUGGUUUGGAACAGUUCUGUUUAGUGAUAAGUUUAAGUUUGGAGACUAU